UCAAAUAUACCUCUCAAACAAUGGCUUUCUGUUUCUCCUUCAGCUCCUGCAAUUCCAUUAAUUUCUUGCUUAUCAGCAUCGCCUUAAGUUUGCUGAUCACGGAACCGACAAUUACCCAAGCUGCAACUUAUGGUUCCGUUGUUAAGUUUCGUGCCUCCUCAUGGAAAUAUGCACAUGCUACAUUUUACGGCGAUGAAACUGCUCGUGAAACAAUGGGCGGAGCUUGUGGGUAUGGGAACUUGUUUGACAGUGGAUAUGGGACCAACACUGCAGCAUUGAGCACAACAUUGUUUAACAAGGGCUAUGCAUGUGGAACUUGUUUCCAAAUGAAGUGUGUUAAUUCCAAAUGGUGUUAUGGAGGUUCCCCAUCUAUAACUGUCACUGCUACAAACCUUUGCCCUCCUAACUGGUAUCAAGAUAGUAACAACGGUGGAUGGUGCAACCCGCCUAGGACCCAUUUCGACUUGGCCAAACCUGCUUUCAUGAAAUUCGCACAAUGGAAAGCUGGCAUUGUCCCUGUUACAUACCGCAGGGUACCCUGUGCGAAACCUGGAGGACUCCGAUUCAAGUUCCAAGGAAAUGGGUAUUGGUUAUUAGUAUAUGUAAUGAACGUUGCUGGAGGAGGAGAUAUAUCAAACAUGUGGGUGAAAGGAAGUAAAUCAGGCAAAUGGAUCAGUAUGAGUCAUAAUUGGGGUGCAUCAUACCAAGCAUUUGCAGUUUUGGGAGGACAAGCUCUUUCAUUCAGGGUUCAAUCUUACAGUACUAAAGAAAUCGUUACAGCUUCAUAUGUAGCACCUGCUAACUGGUAUACAGGAAUGACUUAUAAGGCUAAGUCUUGGGAGAACUUUCACUAGUGAAAGUUGGUGCAUAUGACAGGGAAAAUAAGGAUUUCUCCCUUUAACCAGAGGAGUUAGUUUUUACGAUUUUCAAGGUUUUUUUUUAUAAAUUACAAAGAA